AUGCGCCUAGCAUACCAACCUUUGGCACUCCGUCUAGCUAGUAACAGCCUAGCUAGUCCUUGCCUAGCUCCCAUUGAGUACAGCCGCUACGCUACAACAGCACGAGUUGCAGUGAAUAUGGCCAAGCACCAUCCAGAUUUGAUCAUGUGCCGCAAGCAGCCGGGAAUAGCCAUAGGCAGGCUGUGUGAGAAAGAUGACGGUAAAUGUGUGGUGUGUGAUUCGUACGUGCGGCCUUGCACGCUCGUGCGCGUGUGUGACGAGUGCAACUAUGGCUCUUUCCAAGGGCGUUGUGUGAUUUGUGGAGGGGUUGGUAUUUCGGACGCGUAUUAUUGCAAGGAGUGCACUCAGAUGGAGAAGGAUAGAGAUGGGUGCCCCAAGAUUGUCAAUUUGGGAAGUGCCAAAACCGAUUUGUUCUAUGAGAGGAAGAAGUAUGGAUUCAAGAAGAGGUGA